AUGGCUAGUGCGGAGAGUUUCCUAGUGCUGGUACAUUACAGAGGGUCGAUUAAGAGAAAAACUCGGUCCGGCGUGAAGUUCACUGAUAAGGAUCCCCUAUGUAUUAUCGUGACGCCAACAACCACCUACGAUGCUCUUGUUAGCUCUGUGCUGGAGAAGCUUGGUCUCGAAGGAGUUAAAAGGGUCAAGAAGUUUUUCUACCGCAUUCCAACAGCGGUGCUCCAUGACACCGUGAAGUUCGAUUGUUCCACAAUCGGUAGUGACGAGGACUUGCAGGUUAUGUUUCUUUGUCGUAGGCAGUUUCCCGAGGUAAGGACACCAGAGUUGUUGGCAAAGUUGGUUGAUGUGGUAUCUAGCUCGGGUGGUUCGAACCGGAAUGCCAAUACUAUAGCCGCGGUUGCCGGCUCGAGCUCGAGACCGGCUGUUGCUUCAUCCUCUGCUCCUGUGUAUGAGCCACCGAUGCAGCCUGUUGCGUCCCCUUCGUUUGCUGUUGAUCUGAGCGGCAAUGUUGGAGACGAGGUUCGGUAUGGGGAACAUAUUCCCACCGAGGUACAUUGUCCCACACCGGCUGGCUUUGGUGAUGGUUUGUUUGAUGAUCCAGAUGACGAUGACGUGGAGCCGGAAAUGAUCGCUGAUGAAAGCGGCGAUGAUGUUGGAACUACUGUUCCGAUAAGGGCUACAGGUGGAUCUAGUUCCGGCACACAGCAGUAUCCACCCCAUUUUUCCUUGUUGGACCUGGAUGCCAUGUGGCAGGACGAAAAUGCUCUGCAGCCCUCAGGAUUUGGCGCUAGAGAUACCGAGGGGUCUGCCGGUAUGAACGAGUUCCAGGUUGGCCAACAAUUUCAGGAUAAAGAUGAGGCGCUGUUGAGUGUGAAGACGUACAGUAUCCGCCGAAGGGUCCAGUACAAGGUCGUUGAGUCUGACUACCGCAGGUAUGUGGGAAAGUGUUCUGAGUUUGGGAAUGGGUGCACAUGGCUGAUUCGGUUGAGUUUCCGACAGCGGAAGGGUAUUUGGGAAGUGAAGUGA